UACUCUUUUCCAUUAGACUCCACAAAUUCACAUCCUCUCUCUCUCUCUCUCUCUCUCUCUCUACCUCCUUUUUUUCUUCUCUCUUCUUUGCAUGGACUGAGAAAGAGAAAGACUAUAUUCCAAUAUUAAUAUAUUCAUUUCACCCUUUGCGUUCUCAUAUCAUUUUGUGCUUUGUGCUUUUCCACCUACAAAGAUGUCUCGCACGUGCUCACAGUGCGGGAACAACGGCCACAACUCGCGCACGUGCACGGAGGCUAGCGGUGGAGGCUGUGGUGGCGGUGCUGGUGGUGCUGGCGGCGCCGAUGUGUCAGGAGAGAACGGAAUCAUGCUGUUUGGUGUGCGAGUCACUGAGGGAAACUCGUUUAGGAAGAGUGCUAGCAUGACUAAUCUCUCACAGUUCGACCAGCUGCCUCAAGAUCCCAACGUCGAAUCUGGCUAUGCCUCCGACGACGUCGUUCACCCCUCCGGCCGUAGCCGCGAGCGCAAGAGAGGGGUGCCAUGGACGGAAGAGGAGCACAGGCUAUUCUUGCUGGGGUUGCAGAAGGUAGGGAAAGGAGAUUGGAGAGGGAUUUCUAGAAACUUUGUGAAAACGCGUACACCCACACAGGUUGCAAGCCACGCUCAGAAGUACUUUCUACGGAGGGCCAACCUGAAUAGGCGACGCAGGAGAUCUAGUCUCUUUGACAUCACUACUACUGAUACGCUUAUGGGUUCUUUAAUGGAAGAAGAGCAAGUCCACCAAGAAACUGCUCCACUACCAAAGCCACAGCCACAUUUAAGCCAUAAUCUCGGUGGGUUCCCAGUGUCAACUUUUCCUGUGACGCUCUCUCCAGUACCACACGUUGGUGAAAACCAAGUUGAAAAUCUCUCUUUUAUGAGGUUGACAAGUAAGCCCAUUAGGCCAAUACCAAUUCUUCCAGUCCCUCCAUCUUCAAAAAUGGCUGAACUUAAUCUGAAUCAGAAGGAGACCUUGCCUUUGUCACUGAAGCUCUCUCCAGCAUCGUCGGACGAGCAGUCACCGCCGCCACCGGGGAAGCACUCUUCGGCUUUUCAGGCCAUGCCAGGCAACUUUAGCAGCAAUGGGGAUAGCAUUAUUAGUGUUGCUUGAAGAAUUAUUAUUACAUGUUAAAAAAAGUCUCUGUAAAGGUUGAAGAAGAUGAAAGUUUGGAUUAGAUAUAGAUAUGACUAAAUUUAAUUUGAUUAGGCCAAGAAAAAUUAGGUUAUUAGUAGGUACUACUAGUACUAGGUGAUUAAUUGCUUGUCUGUAUAGGUUUAGAAAAAUACAGAGAAGAGGGCAUGUCGUUUUCAACGUUGUGAUGGAUUCUUGUUUCAUUUGUAUGGUCGCUUUUGGGGUGAAAUGAUAAGAGCACCAGGUACCCUCUUGUUUCUA